CCAAAAACGACUCUUACAAGAUCUUUUUCCAAUCAUUAGACGUCACAUCCAAAUCUUAAAUCUGAGAACAAAACUUGUUCAACCUUCUUCGUCUUCCCAAUCAUUUCCAUCUUCAUCAAUCUUUGGGUUCAUCAGAGAAAGAGACCCAGAAACCAAUCGGUUUAAUUUGACUUUCUGGACUCUCUCUCUCUCUUACUCUCUUGUUUGAUGGGUGAAGAGAUAAUCUCAAACGAUGAAAACAACGUUAAGACAAAACCAAGUCCAAAGCUAACACUCUUACCUCUAGUCUUCCUCAUCUUCUACGAAGUCUCUGGUGGCCCUUUUGGUGUGGAGGAUUCUGUUAAAUCAGGCGGUGGUCCUCUCUUAGCCCUCCUAGGCUUCCUUAUCUUCCCAAUUAUCUGGAGCAUACCCGAAGCUCUCGUCACAGCUGAGCUCGCCACAAGCUUCCCAGAGAACGGUGGCUACGUGGUUUGGAUCUCUUCAGCCUUUGGUCCCUUCUGGGGAUUCCAAGAAGGGUUUUGGAAAUGGUUUAGUGGUGUUAUGGACAAUGCUCUUUACCCUGUGUUGUUUCUUGAUUACUUGAAACAUUCUUUCCCUGUUUUGAACCAUGUAGCUGCUCGUGUCCCUGCUCUAUUAAUCAUUACCUUCUCACUGACUUAUUUGAACUAUAGAGGGUUGCAUAUCGUUGGCUUCUCAGCUGUUCUGUUAGCUGUUUUCUCGCUCUGCCCUUUUGUUGUGAUGGCUUUGUUAGCGGUUCCUAGGAUCAGUCCUAAGCGUUGGUUGUUUGUGGAUUUCAAAAAAGUUAACUGGAGAGGGUACUUCAACACCAUGUUUUGGAAUCUGAACUAUUGGGACAAGGCUAGUACACUUGCUGGAGAAGUUGAAUCCCCUGGGAAGACGUUUCCGAAGGCUUUGUUUGGUGCUGUUUUGUUGGUUAUGGGAUCUUAUUUGAUUCCCUUGAUGGCUGGGACUGGAGCUUUAAGCCCGUCUUCAUCUGGUGAGUGGAGUGAUGGGUAUUUUGCUGAGGUUGGAAUGCUUAUUGGAGGUGUUUGGCUCAAGGGUUGGAUACAAGCUGCUGCUGCUAUGUCGAAUCUUGGUUUGUUUGAAGCUGAGAUGAGUAGUGAUGCUUUUCAGCUUCUUGGUAUGAGUGAGAUUGGGAUGCUCCCUGCGUUUUUUGCUCAGAGGUCAAAGUAUGGGACACCAACGAUCAGUAUCUUGUGCUCAGCAACAGGAGUCAUAUUCUUGUCAUGGAUGAGCUUUCAAGAGAUCAUAGAGUUUCUGAAUUUCUUGUAUGCGUUAGGAAUGCUUCUUGAAUUCGCUGCCUUUGUGAAGCUAAGGAUCAAGAAACCGGAUCUUAGCCGACCUUAUAGAGUUCCCUUAAACACCUUAGGAGCUUUAGUGCUCUGCUUGCCUCCUUCUUUACUUCUCAUCCUUGUGAUGGUUUUAGCCACCGUGAAGACGUUUUUAAUCAGCGGUGUGAUCAUUGUUCUUGGGUUCUGCUUGCACCCAUUCUUGAAACUCGUGAAGGAGAAACGAUGGGCGAGAUUCAUCCCUGAGGAAACAAGACCAGUUUUAGAAGUUCCAUCGGAGUUGCAGGUGGAUGAAGAACAUGGAGAUGAGUCUUCAGCUAGCCUUCUCCCAUGAACUUUACUCACAAAAGACAGAUCAACGAAAACUAUGUGAUUCUUGGACAAGUCUUAAAAGGAGACAUGGACUUGUAUAGUUUGUAAGGAUGCAGUUUAUUUAUGCCUUGUUCAGCAUUUGGUUUAGAGUACAGAAACGAAAAAAUGUGUAGCAACAGUAAGGUGUCUGAGUCAAUUUGUCUAUGAUUACAGUAUUAUUAUGUAUAUAUAAAUGUAUACAUCAUAAGCAUUAUCUGCUAUGUGUAUGCAGUGAAUGUGUUUUCAAAACAUGAAACUGAAAUAAAACUGUUGUGUUCGAAAGCA